CCGCCUCAGGCUCGUCUGCGUGGCAGCCCGCUGGUGUGCUAAGGAGCUGGGGAGGCGGUGCUGGGUGCACGGCAGGGCGGGGAUGCAGCAGCCCGCCUGAAUCCCCCUUUUCCGCCUGCAAUCUCGAGGCCGAAAUUGAAUGGGGAGGCGCAGCGGCGCUUGGGUUCGCUGCACCACCAGCAACGUUUCGCCUUUCCGAGGCUUCCGACGCCGCCGCCGGUGGUCUCCCUGGUCGAGCAUCCGCGUCUCACCGGCUGGUCGCGGCCGCUUUUGGAGCAAGCCCCCCUGCAAGCCAUCAUCAUGUCUUCAGCCAAACAAAGGAACAAUAAAGGCGGCGGCGGCGGCGGCUCCUCUCCGCCCGAAAAGGGAGCCCAUUCCAGCCUCCCCGAUGACGUGGCGAAGAGGCCCCCGCAGCAAAGCCAGGCGCAAGCCAAGGGCGCCAAGGGUGGCCUCUCCGCGCCUGGCGCAGGGAAGCCGUCUUGCGCCCUGAGCCUCGGCAAGCUCCUGAACGGCCUCUUUUACCUGGUUCUCUUGGCCGUGGCCGGGCUCUCCGGCUGGGGGGCCCAUCGCCUGUGGGAAGAAGUGAACCACGUCGGCCUCAGGCAAGAAGGCUUCACCCGGCAGCGGGACGAGCUAGCGCGCACCUUGCAGGGCGUGGAGCUGAAGAUACAGUCUCUUCAGUCUGCGUUUGGAGGUUUUGAAUUGACACUGAAAAAUUCUCAGGAAAAACAAGAUACCACCGAGAAGGCUGUUCGACAGGGGGAGAGCAAGAUCAAUCGCAUCAGUGAGAUUCUUCAGAAACUACAAAAUGAAGUCCUGAAAGAUCUGUCUGACGGCAUCCACGUGGUGAAAGAUGCCAGAGAACGAGAUUUCACAUCACUUGAAAACACCGUAGAAGAAAGGCUGACCGAGCUUACCAAGUCCAUAAACGACAACAUAGCAGAAUUCACCAGUGUUCAGAAACGGAGCCAAGAGGAAAUAAACGAAGUAAAAGCAAAUGUAGCUUUGCUUGGUGAACCAGGUGCAUACAAACAUGAACUUCAGACCUUGAGAAGUGUUGUGGAUGAGAUGCAAGCGUCCAUGAGAGCUAAAGAGAAGGUCAUAGAAUCCUUGCAAAGCACUAUCAAUUUAAUGGAGUCAGAUGUGUUGUCCGAAGUCAAGGAACUAGUCCACCUCAAACAAGAGCAUGACAAAUUCAAAGAGGCUGCUGACACAGAGCACCUUUCCUUACAAGCUUUAGAAGAAAAAGUUCUUAAAGCAGAAGAGGCCAUUGCACAUCUUCCUGAUGAGCUUCAGAAACUCAGCGAAGACUUGCUGCACCUUAAAACCUCUGCUAAUGUACAAGAACGCAUUACAGUCUCUAAAGACAUCCUACAAAAUCUGCGUAAUGACAGUGAACAAUAUGAUUCCAGGUUCAGGACCAUAGAAGAGAAGCUCCAGGUUUUGAGUUCGACAUCUGCCCAGCAUUUAAUAUUGUCGAAAUCGCUUGUCUCCAAGUGCGAGAGCAAGCUGGUUUCGUUAGAAAAAGGCUUUGCCUCUCUUCGGGAUACUUUUGAAAAAGAUGUGCGUUCAGUGAUGGAUACCAUAAAGAGUGUGGGCGAAUCUCAACUCUCAAUGUACAGUGAUGUAGACGAAUUGCGGAGAAAUGUGAAUGACUUGUCAAACAACGCAGAUGUACUCGAGGAGAUCCAGAAUGAAGUUCGUGCUCUGCUGGACCGAGAAAAACCUCCAAUGAAUGAAAGGCAAUCUAAAGAUCACCUAGAAGAACUCUCUUCUUUAAAAGGUUCCAUCAGUGAGCUCCAGACUUCGGUUGGCCAGGCUGAAUCUGAUUUAAAAAUGCUGAGGACUGCAGUGGACAGUUUAGUCGCUUACUCUGUGAAAAUAGAAACCAACGAGAAUAGCGUGGAGUCAGUGAAGACCACCUUGGAUGACUUAAGGAAUGACCUGGACAGGUUGUUUGUGAAAGUAGAAAAAAUACAUGAGAAGAUUUAAGUAUCCAGAGUCAAACGUGUUAACAACUGGAACACCCACCCCCACCCCCCCCCAAAAAAAUUGCUUUUAUAGGGCAAAGUGCUCAUGGGGGAAGUGGGAUGGGUUGAAACAUAGAUCUGUUAAUGUCUCCAGGAAAAAAAUCAUAACACAGUUUGGCACCUUGUAAAAACAUUGCUAGGGCAAAUUUAAUUGAUUCUUAGUCAGUAGUGUAUGGGAAAAGAAAGGCAAAUUUGUCUUGAUCCAGACCAAGACACAUGGGGGUCCCUUAUACCCAUGAAUGUCCAUUCAUUUGAAUAGAGGAAGAAGAGUUGUGUAUGCAUUGCUUGGCACAUUUAGCACUUCCUGCAUCCAUUGAAAUAAAUGAAAGUAGUAGUUAUAUGAAAGAGCUUUGUGUACCCAUGGCCCUGGAUUUCUCUCUCUGUACAGUAGCUAUAGAAAAAAUAUUGUGUGGAAAGAGGAUUAUAUAAUCCACUUCAGGAUUUGGAUAUCCCAGUAUCUGUAAGUAGGCUACCUUGUAGCUCCUCUAAUCAGAAUGACUGUUCCGUAGCAAAGCCAAAGAGCACAAACUGUUGUACACCUCUCCUUAUCAUAUUCCCUGAUCACAGAGAAUAAGAAUCUGCAAUAAUUGAUAGUGUUUUACCUUCAGCAAACAAAACACUGCUUCUCCAUUUUUCUUGGGACCGCACACUGUGUGGUGGAUUAAAAUAUAUAUUUUCUGAGUUUGUAGUUCGUUGCUCCAAGAACUGAGUUGGGAAAACUGAAUAUGGAUUAACAAAAAGGUUAGAAGAUGGUACGCAAUUAUUUUUUUUCCAGACAUUAAUAUUUUCCCCCUUGAUGCAGCAGACUGUAAGGUGCAUCACUAUCAGAUCUAUGCUAAGCGCCUGAUCUUUCAUCAUUGACUUCAGUGUAACAGAACUGGACCUCAGACUUCAUCAAAUGACGGACAUAGAUAAUCAUUGAAAGAAUGAAAAACAUUCUAAUAAUAAUAUUUUAAAAGAACCACUGAGCUAUAUAACUGCCUGGAUUCUUGUUUACCUCCUUUAGAAAAUUUCUGUAUUUUGGUUUUUUACUGAAAUAUUUAGAUAUUAGAAAGGUACCCAUAAAUAGAUGGAGGCUUUUUUAAAAAAAUGCUUGUGAAAGAUACGCACAGACUUCCCCCAUUUGUUCUAUCUGCCCCUGGUGAUUUUUCCAAAAGGAGCAGAUGCAAUCUUGGGUAAAGGGUGGAAAUGUCAUUGCCGAUUUGUAUGUUCUGGAAAUGCUGCCAAGGUACCGUAAGCCUUAAAAACAAAGAAAAAAGAUGCACUGUACUGAAAUAGUGUUAUUUGUCUGUUUGCUUUUGCUGACUUUGAGUCUUGGAACAGCUGUGUAGUUGACUGUGAAUUUAAGUUUUUUCUCCCCCUCAUUUGGAAUACCUAAUAAAACUUGGAACUAUACUGGAAA